AUGCGCUUCGAGUGGUUGCUCAACAUUCUCAUCUCCAUAUUUGGUGUUCUGCUUCUCCAAUUUGUCGUAUCAGUUGAAUCUGAAUGCAGCGAUGCCUCGUAUUCGAGCCUUUUCUCAAAACUCGACGGAUUGAAAAGGAUCACGCGGCUAGCUGUUAGCGGCCACAUUUCCGCGUAUCAUGUCAAAAUCUCAAUAUCGGAUGAUGACUACCACACAGUUCGAAUGUCGAAUGGAAAUCCAUUGGUGCUUUACUCGCCAAUGUCGAAUACUCCAUCGUGGACUCAUGUAGAUUUCAUCGCAUCUGCUGUCAAGAUAUCGCCAGCAUUCGAGCAUGCGACUGAGGAUCUUCGAAGCCCACUACUAAUCAUGACAUUGUGCGAUUAUGAUACUCCGAUAACGGCUUUUGAUGAUUCGUCGUAUACCGUUGAAGCUCAUCACGCUGGCCUUAUUUCGAUGUACGAGAAUGACUUGUGCGUUGUGUUUCGAACGUACCGUUCCGGGAUAUUCUUCUUUUCAAUGGCUGAUCAAGGCGAUGUUCUCAUUGCUCAAAUUGUUCAUGGAACCGUCCACGUCAUUUUCGAUUUUGGAUCAUUGACACCGUCAAGGAUCAGCGCCGGAAAAGCGUUGGACGAUGGAAGGUGGCACGAAAUGCGCUGGUUGCACCAAUUCGAUUCUGUUCAAUUGUCCAUCGACGGAGUUCUACUCAACCAGACAGCUCCUACCGGUCUUUAUCGGAAAUUGGACCUGCAUAGUGUGGUGCAUAUCGGCGGAAGACCGGCUGACGACUUUUCGCAAGGCAUCGAGACCUCUUUCACUGGUUGCAUUUCGCGACUUCAGCUCAAUUCAAUCGAUUUGCUUCAAUUGGCACCAACGGAUAUUCAUAGUUCAUGCAUGAUGCCCAAAUCUCCGUCUUUCACAUUACAAAAUGCAUCGCGUGCGAUUCUUCCAUUCACGUUUCUUCCAUUUUCAUUCGAGUUUCGAGUGGUCCCAAUAAAAUCAUCUUUAAUUACGCUGUUUGACGCUGAGAAUGGAACUCUCGUAGAUAUUGUGAUUGACGACGACCUCAAAUUGAAUCUUGUCAGUAACAUCACAAAAUUUCGACAGAUUGCAAAUCCUGGUGUGAAUGUUGCAAACGGUGCUUGGCACAGCUUUUCUCUGCGAAUUCGAGGGGCACGAAUGGAAAUUGACAUCGAUGGAUAUACGACGUUGUGGCUAGAAGGUCAUGAAGUUCGCAGAAUAUCGCAACGACUCUCAAAUUUUGUGAUGAGUUCCAUGGGAUGCUACCGAAGUGCUACCAUCGAUCUAAGCAGUGUUCGAGUGGAAGGCAAUGUGUCUAGAGGACAGUGCGACUUUGAAGAAAAAUGUCUUCCGAACCCUUGCGAAAAUAAUGGAGCCUGCAUUCAAACGGCUCUCGAUGAUUACAUUUGCAAUUGCACAGAAGGCUACAAGGGCAAAAAUUGUCAUACGACCGAUUUGCCACAUUCCUGCGAAGAGUGGACAUUCACGCGAGGAAAUCGAAUGAAGGCACUCAAAGGUCGACAUGUGUUCAUCGACAUCGAUGGCGGCGGCGGAAUGCCGCCGAUUAAUGUGACGUGCAAGUUGGAACGCGACGAAAUGGGUGUUGAAGGGGUAACAACAAUUCUCGAUCAUGAUCUUCGACGUCCGAUGAUUGUGACCGGCGAUAAUAAACCAGGAGUGGUUCGGCAUAGUCUAACGUAUGGAAUUACGACGGAUCAGAUGGAUAGACUUGUUGAAGGAUUUGAGACAUGCAGUCAGUACAUGAGGUACACUUGUCGCGGAGGAGCUCGAUUGAUGACACAAGGUGAAGAAAGAAGCCCAUCAUCUUGGUAUUCCACAAGAAGCGAUAAACACGGCCUUCAAUGGGGCGAGGCUCCACCGUACAGUCGUAUGUGCUCAUGUGCCAUAAAUGGAAGCUGCUUGCAUAAUAGAAUGUGCAAUUGUGACAGCGGAGAAGAUGCAACCGACGAGGGCGUUAAUCCCUACUCGCAGCUUUUGCCUGUCACUGGUCUUUUCCUCGGCGGCACCACUAAAUCAUCGUCAAUCGAGGUCGAAAUCGGGCCAUUGAGAUGCCGAAAUAGAGCGACAUUUGAUACUGUAACGUUCUCUGAUCGGAAUGCUCGACUCUCCGGAACACAGACAUUCUCACAACGGACUUUUGAUGUAGCCCUACACGCAAAGUUCACGCAUUCACAAAUGUCCAUCAUUUCGUGGCAUUCGACUGAUGAGCUCCAUUGGUUUCAUUUGUAUGUUCAUGAUGGAAAAAUUAUUGGCGAAGUUGUGAAUGGGGGAGAAUCUCAGCAAAUUGUUUCCGACAAUCGAUAUAACGAUGGAAACUUUCACACAAUUUAUUGGGAAGCCGAUUCAUCGGGAAUGUUCCUCAAAGUCGACGGAUCUCGAAAAUCUAUCAAGCGCAAUUUUGUACUGCCAAAUGUGUACACGUGGAUUAUCGGGUCUCGUACCGAAAAAGGUUCCACUGGGUUUGCUGGUGUCCUUCGAAACAUUUAUCUGUGUGGUCAAGAGAUUCCAUUGGGACAGUAUGCAAGAAGAGACGGCGAAAAGGGGAUCUCGAUUGGAGAUGAUGGGUACUGUAGGCCAGAUUUGUGCCAGAACGGUGGAAGAUGUGUCGACAAAUAUGACGGCUAUGUGUGCGAUUGCCGUCUGACACCAUUUGGCGGCUCGGAUUGCACCAAAGAAUAUGGUAUGAUGGUGCCUAUUGGGUCCACAAUUCAAAUUCCGUGGCAGAAUCCGGCUCAUUCCUCGAUGUGUCAUCGAAUUUCAAUUCAAACUGCUUCGAGAAAUGUGUCACUUAUUCGAUCGAAAGCGCUAUUCGCCGAUUCUACAUUCAACAUGACCAUUGAUGACGAUGGUUUUCUAAAUAUGAACGCUUAUGAUGGAUUCUUCUUUCAUUUUAAAAGAUCGGCGAAUCGCCAGAAUCUCAGUGAUGACGUCAUGCACGAUAUUUCUUUUUGUGCCAGCAGCAAUCUAUUUAAUCUAACGAUUGAUGGAAUCGAGGCGAUUAAAAUUGAAGGGAAUUGGACAUUUUUUGAAAGUUUCAAUGUGUGGCAUUUCCUUGAUUCAGAGUUCGAAGGAUGCGUUUCACGGCUACAGACCGGUACGGCAUUCCCGUUAAAAAAUCCAAAAAGCGCACGUCUUAAUUAUUCGGGAAAAAUUCGAUUUGGAACUUGUCCGGUGGAAUCGAUUUCUCGCCACCAAAUGUAUGGAUUUCAUCCAACAACCCAAGCAACAACCACUCCACAAGGAACGGAAGAAAUUCGAAUAUUUGCAAUUUCAAAGCAUAAACAGAAAUUAAUAUCCAUAGCAACCAUAAGUGGCGUAUUUGUUCUAUUAUUAUUCGCCACAUGCUUGUCAAUGCUAAUUUGCUAUAUGAGAACUCGACCGGAUGGCGUGUACAAAACGAACGAGACCGGCGAUAAUUGCUCGCCGAGCCGAAGCGAAGAACCACUGGUCCGCAAUCAUAAUAACAACAAUGGAAACUCUAUGCCAAAUGGUGCUCAAAUGUAUGCAUCAUCCAAAGAAUACUUUUGUUAA